AUGGGCAAACUCAAGGUGCUCUGGCUAGUGCUUAUGUAUUACGUGCUGUCGCUCAGCCUAGGAUACUUGACAUCAUUCUUGCUCUCAAGAAAGACAUACAACUUUAGAUUUCCGUUGUUUAAGGCUUCCGUACAGAAUCUUAUUCACUUCUUGGGUGCAUCUGCAGUGCUGAGACUGCAGAAAGAAAAGGCACCGAAGCCAAGCUACUUUGGAUCUUUUCCGUGUGCAAUAGCAGGUGCAACAGAUAUCGGGCUGUCAUCUAUUUCACUAAGGUUUACAACACUGGCAUUUUACACAAUGGUGAAGUCGUCUUCUCCGGUGUUUAUCCUUCUUUUUGGAUUUGCGUUUGGUAUUGAAAAGCCGUCAAUAACAUUCUUCUUGACUGUAUUCACGAUCGGAGUAGGUGUUUUCCUGACUUCUAUAAAGAAUACGAGCUUUGACAUUGUUGGUUUUUGGACGAUAUUGCUUGCAUCGUUCAUGGCUGGGUUCCGCUGGGCAUUUGUACAAUACAUGAUCAGAAUCAGAUCUGUAAGGCAGGAAGGUAUUUUUGUUACAAUGAGGGAUUUAUGCUUACCUAUAUCUUUUCUGCUGCUGAUGAUUUCGCUGUAUGCAGAGGGAUUGUCAGAAAUGGCAAACUCAAGGUUUUUCAACACGCUAGAAGCAGCGCUGAGGAACUUUGGAUAUAUCUCGCUGUGUGGGAUUUUAUCCUUCAUGCUGCUUUGUGCUGAGUUUGCGCUCGUCUCUGAGACAAGUGUUGUGUUCCUGAGUAUUGCAGGGAUAGCCAAGGAGUUGAUGAUUGUGAUGUACGCAAUCAUACACAAAGAUAUUAUUUUGAGCAACUUGAACUAUGCAGGGCUGGUUGUAAGUAUUGCAGGGAUAAUGAUAUACAACAUCAGUAGAAAACCACUUGUACCUGAACUGAUGAACGAGCAAGAUACAGAAUAG